AUGUUGAUUAGAAAUAUUUAUCUUACUUGUAAGUCAUCAGCUUCAAACUUAAAGUCAUCAUUCAUUUGUGUUGCUACAAAAGUUCCACAAAAAAGCACCAUCAGAGCUAAACUAUUGAGAAUUCUUUCUUGUCAAUUGCCCCAAUUUUGCUCAUUGGUGAAAAAUAUUUUUCACAUAUUCGUAUCGUCGUCGCAUUUGACGAAACACUUCAAGGCGCUUGAGGCUCUUUUAACACUUGUGCUCAAUUAA